CUGUUUCUUAUCACGUCUUCGUACCUAAACAUGUUUGACCUAAGAUGAGUGCGUGCAUAUAAAACCUAUGCAAACCGACAAACUCGUACCUUAGAACCAUAUUAAGAAAACGUCAUGCAGCUUGUUAUCUUUUCUUGUUUGGUUGUAUUCGCCAUUGGGCAGCACCACCAUCUUAACAAUCACGAGCUGCAGCAGUUAGUUGAUCCGGGCUUCCAGAGUCUGGACAUUAAUCCUAAAGAUGGUCUAUUGGAACACGAUGAACUUUCUAAACUCUUUGACAUGAGAGAUACAGACGGGAACGGAAACUUGUCAAGAGAAGAGUUUGGCGCACACACCGGACUGGACUUCCUUUUCAAGGACCCUCUUUUCGAUCAUUUUGACACAGAUCACGAUGGGGUCCUCUCUAAAGAUGAAUUUGUUGAAAAACCUUUCGCUGAAAUGAACCAGAACGGCGACAGCGAAGUUAGCAGACAUGAAUUCGACCAUUUUUACACACAGCUUCUACACCACAUCAAUCAACAUCAUGGUUGAUACAUCUGCAAAUCGUAAUAAAUAUCAUGUAAAAAG